AUGCCUCCUUCAACAUCCACCCUCCUCCGCUUCUCGCGCACAGCCCGGCCAGCAUUCCGCUCGUCUCAAGCCAACUUCUUCACCUCGCAAGCCUGCCGCACAAGAUUCCAAUUCCAAUCCCAAUUCCGCCAGAAUGCAGGGAAGAGGUGGCAGAGCACAACAGCAGAGUCUGCGGAAGGCCACAGUUGGUUCAAGCGGAUGUGGGAUAGCCCGAUCGGGCUAAAGACUGUGCAUUUUUGGGCCCCCAUUAUGAAGUGGGCCCUCGUCAUAGCUGGUAUAUCGGACUUCUACCGCCCAGCGGAGAAGCUCUCGCUCACACAAAACGCUGCGCUCACAGCAACGGGCAUGAUAUGGACACGAUGGUGUCUAAUCAUCAAGCCACGAAACGUUCUCCUCGCUGCGGUAAACUUCUUCCUCGGCAUCGUAGGAGUCAUCCAAGUCUCCCGCAUCCUGGCCUACAAUUACAGAGUUAAGGGCGAGGGACCUAAGGUCCAAGCUGAGGCAGCCAAGGAGAGUGUUAUUGAGAGCGCGAAGGGCUUGGAGAAGAAGGUCGUUGAGGCUGUGAAGAAGGCUUAG